CCGACGGAUUAGGAACACCACCAUGCUGCGUGCCUGCAUCGUCCUCGCCUUGGCCACCAGUGCCUUCGCUGGUCACGUUGGCCACGUUGCCGGUGGCUACACCCUCGCCAGCAACCUCGGCUACGGCCUUGGCUACGGAAGCCUCGGCUAUUCCGGUCUCGGCUACGGUGGCCUUGGUCUCUCCCAUUACGGUCUGUCCCAUGGAGUUGGCUACUCCGGCCUGACCGGCUACGGCGCUGGCUUCGGAUACGGAUACGCCCCCGCCGCCAGCUACGCCGUCGCUGCUCCAGCUGUUACCCGCACCGUCUCCACCUACCACGCUGCUCCAGCUGUGACCGCUGUUCACGCCGCUCCAGCUGUGACCGCUGUCCACGCUGCCCCAGCUGUCACCUACGCUGCUGCCCCAGCUGUCACCAGGGUAGUCCAGGCCGCUCCAGUUGUCCAGACCUACGCUGCUGCCCCAGCUGUCACCAGGGUGGUCCAGUCCGCUCCAGCUGUCACCUACGCCGCUGCUCCAGCUGUGACCAGGGUCGUCCAGUCCGCCCCAGCUGUCACCAGGGUCGUCCAGGCCGCUCCAGUUGUCCAGACCUACGCCGCCGCCCCAGCUGUCACCAGAGUGGUCCAGUCCACUCCAGUUGUCCAGACCUACGCCGCCGCCCCAGCUGUCACCAAGGUUGUCCACUCCGCUCCAGUUGUCCAGACCUACGCCGCCGCCCCAGCUGUCACCAGGGUGGUCCAGUCCACUCCAGUUGUCCAGACCUACGCCGCCGCGCCAGCUGUCACCAAGGUUGUCCACUCCGCUCCAGUGGUCGCCAGCUACGCCGCUGCCCCAGCCGUGACUGCUGUCCAUGCUGCCCCAGCUGUUGCCACCGUUGCCCACGCUGCCCCAGCCGUCGCUACCUACGGAGUUGCCCACGUUGCCCACUCUGCCCCAGCCGUCGCCACCUACGGCGUUUCCCACGUUGCCCACGCUGCCCCAGCCGUUGCUACCUACGGCGUUGCUCACGCUGUCCCAGCCUACUACGGCUACGGUGUUGGCUCCCUCGGCUACGGUGCCGGCAGCUACGGUUACGGCCACGGUCUCCUCGGCUACGGCCUGAACUACGGCUACGGCCUUGGCUCUCCUCUCAGCUACUCCACCCUCCUCCGCAAGAAGAAGUCUGCCGAGGCACCGGCAAAACCUUGGGACGCUCCGGCCGCCAAGACUCGGGUGACCUUAUCGGGCAACCUGAACCCAAGCAGAGCCUCACAGCGUGAAGUGCUCAGCGACUUGCAGCCAUCACGCAUGAUGUGCGUGGUUUCCGACAAAGCUCCUUUCGGGGGCAAGGGGCAAAAGGCCUCCGGAUUGCUGCGUGCCUGCAUCGUCCUCGCCUUGGCCACCAGCGCCUUUGCUGGUCACCUUGGUCACGUUGCUGGUGGCUACACCCUCGCAAGCAACCUCGGCUACGGCCUGGGCUAUGGUAGCCUCGGCUAUUCCGGUCUCGGAUACGGUGGCCUUGGUCUCUCCCAUUAUGGCCUGUCCCACGGAGUCGGCUACUCCGGCCUGACCGGCUACGGUGCUGGCUACGGAUACGGAUACUCCCCCGCCGCCAGCUACGCCGUCGCUGCUCCAGCUGUUACCCGCACGGUCUCCACCUACCACGCUGCUCCAGCUGUGACCGCUGUCCACGCCGCUCCAGCCGUGACCACUGUCCACGCCGCUCCAGCUGUCACCUACGCUGCUGCCCCAGCUGUCACCAGGGUGGUCCAGUCUGCUCCAGCUGUCACCUACGCUGCCGCCCCAGCUGUCACCAAGGUGGUCCAGUCCGCUCCAACUGUCACCUACGCCGCCGCCCCAGCUGUAACCAGGGUGGUCCAGUCUGCUCCAGUUGUCCAGACCUACGCCGCCGCCCCAGCUGUCACCAGGGUGGUCCAGUCCACUCCAGUUGUCCAGACCUACGCCGCCGCCCCAGCUGUCACCAAGGUUGUCCACUCCGCUCCAGUUGUCCAGACCUACGCCGCCGCCCCAGCUGUCACCAGGGUGGUCCAGUCCACUCCAGUUGUCCAGACCUACGCCGCCGCCCCAGCUGUCACCAAGGUUGUCCACUCCGCUCCAGUGGUCGCCAGCUACGCCGCUGCCCCAGCCGUGACUGCUGUCCAUGCUGCCCCAGCUGUUGCCACCGUUGCCCACUCUGCCCCAGCCGUCGCUACUUACGGAGUUGCCCACGUUGCCCACUCUGCCCCAGCCGUCGCCACCUACGGCGUUUCCCACGUUGCCCACGCUGCCCCAGCCGUUGCUACCUACGGCGUUGCUCACGCUGUCCCAGCCUACUACGGCUACGGUGUUGGCUCCCUCGGCUACGGUGCCGGCAGCUACGGUUACGGCCACGGUCUCCUCGGCUACGGCCUGAACUACGGCUACGGCCUUGGCUCUCCUCUCAGCUACUCCACCCUCCUCCGCAAGAAGAAGUAAAUCCUCUUUCUUUUAACACUUGGACCAGACAGAAAGCACGCAGUCAUGGACAACCAGAUUUUCCGCUUUCAAUGAUGUAUAAUCAUUGUUAUGUCAGAAUAAACUGUUUGU